UGCGAUCGAUCGCAGCAAGAGGAUGAAGGAGUUUGUGAGUGUAGCCGGACUCCGCGUGGACGGUCGUCGAGCCGGUGAAGUACGACGUGUUCGUGCCAAGUUUGGGCUCUUCCAGCGUGUGGAUGGAUCGGCCUACGUUGAACAAGGACAGACCAAGGUGAUGGCCGUCGUGUACGGGCCGAAAGAACACUCUGGGCGAAAGCAAACCGAGGAAGUGGCGCAAACGAAGGCUCGUGUGACGUGCGAAGUGACCCAAGCGCCUUUUGCAACAAGCGAACGCAAAGUGACGCACAAGGCCGACCGCAAGAAGCUCGAGAGCUCCUUGGCGAUCCUUCAAAUAUUCGACAGUACCAUCUCGACACAAUUGUACCCGCGCUCUCAAAUCGACAUCUUUGUCCAAGUGCUUCAUGCUGAUGGAGGUGAACUCGCGGCCUGCAUUAACGCAGUGUCCUUGGCGCUGAUCGACGCUGGAAUUGCCAUGAAGGAUUUCGUCGUGGCAUGCUCGGCCGGCUACAUCCAGCAAACGCUUUUAUGCGAUUUAAACUACACUGAGCAAAGCUCCCGUUGUCCGGACUUGACUGUGGCGCUCACAGCUCGCAACAACAAGCUGAGCUUGGUGCAAAUGGAGAGCAAGUUGCCGCUCGAACUGUUCGAAACGUUGAUGUCGACGGCAAAGGAUGGAUGCUCCCAAAUCUACGACAUUCUGCAAAACGAAGUGCAGGAAAAUACGUGGCGCCGCUUGGUUACACGGGAAGCAUAAUGACAGGUUACAGUGCUCGCAAUUAGUUCAUAAGUGCACACGGAACAUGGGGAUGGAUGUGCCAGG